AUGAUCUCCUACCACCUCUUCUCCGGCAGCCAAGGGCAAUGGCAAGCAUUCCUCCAUAGUGCUUGCCGAUUUUCCCUCGCCUUCCUCGAGCGGAACCCCUCUUCGCCAGCCAGUGCACUGAUAUCCUGCACCGACAGUAUGCGGUUUAUAGUCAAGACGUCCAUGUGGUACGAUAUCCUCGCCUCCGUGACUCUGAUUCGUCGUCCCAUGUUCAAAGUACUCCGAACUCUCUGUGAUCCGUCUAGCACUGCCCUCGUCGACGGCAGGCAGGAGCUUUCAAUGAUAGGUGUUAUGGGAUGCGACACCCUCAACGUUAUCGCCCUCGCUGAAAUUGCUGAUCUUGCACGCUGGAAAGAAGACCUCAAGUACACUGGUAGCCUUAGCGUUCCUGAACUCGUCAGACGCGGGCAGCGUAUCGAAACCAUACUGAAGACUACCAAUGUCGAUGAUUACCUCCACCCUGCUGAAACAGAAAAAUGUCGCCUACGGCGCCUCACCUCUGCCAUAUUCCGCACGUCUGCCCUUGUCUAUCUCCAUUCCGUUCUAUCCGGGGACUACCCACUAUGUCCAGAGAUCAUGAACUUCGUCACGGAGACAGUUGCGUGUCUCAGGCGUGCUGAAGACGUCAGCACAUCGCGGCAUGUCGUGCGCAGUAUGGUGUUCAACAUAUGCGUCUGCGGCUGCUUGACGGAUGACCCUCAAUUCCGCGGUUACUUCCUGCAGCUUCUGCAAGAGCAGCAGAUGCAAACAGCGGGGAAUUGUGUUCUGGUCAGCGAUCUCAUGAGACGAGUAUGGACGAACCGAGAAGGGGGGAUGCCUGUGGAUUGGCGCGUUGUCAUGCGGGAUAUGCUUCUUGUUUAA